AUGCCGGAACAAGCGCGUUACAGCUCGACAGCGCCACUGAACCCCGCACCAAAACAGCUCAACUCACAUAAUAGUGUUGCAUCAACGGCAGCUGUUGCAAGGGGUUAUUGCACGAGGGACUCAGAGCUCGACCUUGUUUAUCGACCAUCCCACAAAUUAAUCCCUACAUUCCACCUUCAAAAGUACAAAAUUAAUCCCUACAUUCCACCUUUAAAAGUACAAAUUAAUUCCUACAUUCCACCUUUAAAAUACAAAUCCUACAUUCCACCUUUAAAAGUACAAAUUAAUCCCUACAUUCCACCUUCAAAAUACAAAUUUAAUUCCCUACAUUCCACCUUCAAAACCUGUACAAAUCCUACAUUGUACAAAAAUCCCUACAUUCCACCUUUAAAAGUACAAAAAUCCCACAUUCCACCCUUUAAAAGCACAAUUAAUCCCCUACAUUCCACCUUCAAAAAAGUACAAAUUAAUCCACAUUCAACCUUUAAAAAGCAACAAAUUAAUCCCUACAUUCCACCUUUAAAAGCACAAAUUAAUCCCUACAUUCCACCUUUAAAAGCACAAAUUAAUCCCUACAUUCCACCUUUAAAAUACAAAUUAAUCCCUACAUCCACCUUUAAAGCCAAAUUAAUCCCUACAUUCCACCUUCAAAAUACAAAUAAUCCGUACAUUCCACUUUUACCAAAUCCUUUCAAAAGUACAAAUCAAUCCCUACAUUCCACUUUUAAAAGUACAAAUGAAAAUCCCUACAAUUCCACCUUUAAACAAAUUAAUCCCUACAUUCCAACCUUUAAAAAGUACAAAAUUAAUCCUACAUAUCCACCUUUAAAAGUACAAAUAAUUAAUCCCUACAUUCCCACCUUUAAAAAAGUACAAAUUAAUCCCUACAUUCCCACCCCUUUAAAACUUAAAAUUAAUCCCUACAUUCCACCUUUAAAAGUACAAAUUAAUUCCUACAUUCCACCUUCAAAAGUACAAAUUAAUCCCUACAUUCCACCUUUAAAAAUACAAAUUAAUCCCUACAUUCCACCUUUAAAAGUACAAAAUCACAUUUCCCUACAUUCCACCUUUAAAAUACAAAUUAAUCCCUACAUUCCACCUUUAAAAGUACAAAUUAAUCCCUACAUUCCACCUUUAAAAGCACAAAUUAAUCCCUACAUUCCACCUUUAAAAGUACAAAUUAAUCCCUACAUUCCACCUUUAAAAGCACAAAUUAAUCCCUACAUUCACCUUUAA